AUGAUGCACAACUUGUUGCCGAUUCUUAAACGACAGCAGGUUGAUGUGACGUUUUUUGUUAUAGAACAAGCCCCACCGGAAGUGUUUAACAGGGGCGCCUUACUAAAUAUAGGCUUUCUGGAAGCGGAAAAGUUGGCCAGUUUUGACUGUUACAUCUUCCACGACGCCGAUAUGAUACCGAUCCACGACCAGAACCUUUACAGGUGUGAGGAUAACCCGCGACACUUCGCCGUGGCAAUGAACAAGUUUGAUUACAAACUUCCGUACGGCGGCUACUUCGGGGCGGUUGUUGGGUUCAGUAAGCAGCAGUUUCUGACGAUCAAUGGCUGCUCCAACGUUUACUUCGGCUGGGGUGGUGAAGACGACGACUUGUUUGCCCGAACUAGCCACAAAAAAUACUCAGUUCUGAGAUACGAUGCACGAAUUGCACGCUACUAUAUGAUCAGUCAUACACGGGAUCUAGGAAAUGAAGUCAACCUAGUAAGAUCAGCUCUCAUUGGGGACUGCAAGAACCGACAGGACGUGGAGGGCUUGAACUCAGUUAAAUACACCGUAAACAGCGUUCGCCAGGAGAUACUCUACACGUGGAUCAAUGUCUCCUUAAAUAUGACAGAAAUUUUAUUGACCGCACCUAAAAAUACCAUAGAGAUUAUAAAUAGAGCCCUGGCGCCAUCAAAGAAACUACAUCGCAAUAAGAAAUAA